UCCCUCCUCUUGGCGCGCGUGAGUACCCAAGACGGAAAUAUCACGCUGGGUGUGGUUCGUUCCAUAUUUUUUUUUUUUGCGGAUAAUUCCUAAUCAGCCGUGCAACUCAUAUAACGAACUGUGAAGGAGAAAAACGUAUUUGAACAUGGCCGAAGCGGACAUCCCGCCUUUAGCGCAUUCGCUGCAGCGGCAGCAGAGGUCAUCCGGUCCCGUCCUGUCAUCUCAGACGCCGGCAACGACGACCAUUUCGACCAUCGCCGUUCAAAGUGGCGCCACUCGUAUCGUUGUCGCUCUCCUUCAGAGUAAAGAAUGGCUGGAGCUGCAGGUGCUGGAAAUGAGCCCAGAUAUGACAAGGAUGGGCGAUUGUUUCGUGACGUCAUCCGAUCUUCUAAUGGCCCAUCAAGACGUCUUGAAGAAGUUGCAGAGCAAGCAAAGUCCAGUGGAGGAGCUGCUGAAACAAGCCGAUCAACUAAUUGCUACUCAAAGACCUCGUGCCGAAGUCUAUGCUGCAAUGGCCGAAUCACUCGGGCAGGCAUGGAAAGAUCUUAAUUCGUUCCUGGAACAACGUAGGGUCAUCCUAGAAUAUAACGUCGCAUUUCACAGUCACGCUGAGGAUGUCAUUGACAAGUUGGCCAGUUUAGAUCGAGAAACGGCUAGCACGUCAUCUUUACCAUCCGAUGUGGACAGCAUUAAAAGAUUACGCACAAGAAUCGAAGAAAGUCGUAAAUCAGCUUUGGAGAGUCUUCGACGUGCACUACAAGACGGUGAAGUGCUCAUCGAAAAAUUAACUGCCUUGAAAAAUCUAGGCACGUUGGAUUCUCGUCCAGGCCAUAUUUUAACAGCUGUCAAUGCAGCGCUGAAUCAAGUGAGGAGAUGGUUGGAAGCCCUGCACGACCGACGUCGUCGUUCCGAGUCAACUUUUUUGCAACGACGUGCGACCCUUGAUCAAUGGUCGGAAGUUUGUUGUUUACGACGUGAUUUGGCAGCCACUGAGAAGCGUCUAGAAGCCCUGGGACGUAACAGUAGCUCUGCACUGGGCGACUCUUCCGCCACGGCUGAACUGCUCCUAUUCGAGCACAAUAAAAUCCAGCCGGAACGCAAAGAACUUCAAGAGAAGACGUUAAAAUUAACACACAUGGCUGAAGAACUGCAGGCUCGUUGGCGUAAUGAAUUGGGCGGAGCUAACGGUGCCGAGCAGGUACGCAAAGAAGCGUAUGCUUUACUGGACAAGACGAGCGAGUUCCUGGAAACGGUGGAACAACGAGAACAGCUUUUAGCUCAGUCGAUUCAUUUCUUCAGAGUCGCUGGAACAGCGUUGACUAAAUUGGAUCAGUUGGAAGUGCAACUGACCGCUCAUCAAGCCCCACCAGGUUCUGCUCAACUUGCCCAGCUUCACGCUCAAGUGUCUCGAGCUCUAGAAGACGCCACUGCACCUGCUUUGCAUCAUGGUUAUUCUUUGCUGGACAUUGUCGGCCGUUCUCACCCAGGCGCCGAGGGUAUCAGGAAAACCGUGGAACUUAUUGAAAAUCGAGGCAUCCAGCUGGGUAGUCUAUGCACGGCUCACAAAGAAGAGAGUCUUCGAAUUACGCAAGCUGUUCGCAGUUUCAUCGAGCAAUACGAAAACUUGCAAUCAUGGCUGUUGGACGUUAUUGAAGGAUUUCUCCGAAGCCACACGGAUAUGCGUGGUACUUUGCCUGAAGCCAGAGAUAUAUUGGAUAUGCAUAUUCAAUUAUUCAACGACUUGAAUAUGAAAAGCACUGAAAUCGAGUCUCUACUAAGAUCAGUCAAUCCAUUAUGUGAAAUGGCCGAAGAAAUUCAAGCUCACGAGGUUCAGAUGAAAGGAGACGUGCUGCACGACACGUGGAAGAGGCUUUGUCGAGCUUUAGCCGACCGUGUGGAAUUGAUGCAAUCAUACGUCCGAUUACACGCUCUAGCUAUGGCAGUUCAAGAAGCUUGGGACGAUGUCGAGUGUAGAUGUCAACAACUCGACGUAGAUGAGGAUCCUUCUGCCGCUAUAAGACAAGUCGAGGAACUCUGGCUCGACGGCCAACAGAAAUAUUUGCAACUGAGCCAAUUGGGUCGCAAUUUUAUGGCCGAUGCACUCAAAAUUUCUGAUCGCUACUUGGACGUGAGAAAAGCAUCCCUCUGUGUAGAGAGUCUGCUUGAGUAUUUGGGAGGCCGGCAGUUGACCGUCCAUCAUACCCAGGAAACCUGGAUCGAAACGGUGACUACCAUCCAUCAUACGCGCCGUGAAUGGAACAAUUUUGUUUCCAUCGUCCAAUCGGUGAUGGAAAUUCACGAAGAGAAAGAACAAAGUCUUUACCCGAUGCUCCCGACGGCCGAAGAUUCUAGUCAUGGUAUUGCCGUCCAGCAUCCAACCUGCACAGCAAUGGUCGGUUUACUUGAGGAAAAAUCUAAAAAUGUCGUGAGUGAAUGGAUUGCAACACUCAGUCAACUGGAAUCGAAGAAAUUAGAUGCCGAACAAACUAAGCUCUCUUCUAGUGCGAACCAAGAAGAUCGUUCGAAGAUGUUGGGAGACAUUUGUCUUCUCCAGCAACGUAUGCAGUUUAGGUUGAAAGAGUACAAGACGCUAGUUCAAAUGGCUCAUGGACUUUUCAAAAACUUGUCUGAAGUGGAAAGAACGAUUGAAGUCGUUGAGAGGAAAUCGCAUCAGCACAAUACAACAUCCGAAGUAGAUCAGGCGAUGAAAGACCAUCAAGUAACUCGCAACACCAUAACGGAAAUGGUUAAAAUUACGAAGCAAGAGGCAGACCAAUUCAUAAGUUUAUUGAGAGAUCAGGAACCACCUGGAAUUGCCCAGCCGGAUGUGAAUCUAGUCGAGUAUUAUUUGAUAAAGGCAGAAGACGAUUGGCAAAAAUGUUGGCAACGUGAAGAAAAUAGACUUGCUCUUCAGAGGCAGCGCUGUCAGUUCAACAAUGAUUUGCAUACUAUCAACGUCCAGCUUGAUGACCUUAGCAAACAAUUGGCUGCUAUGCGAGGACAGUACGGAUCAUCUUUAGCGGCUGCUAAAGUCACGUCUCAAGCCUUCUUUCAGUUCGAGAAGACAGUCGAGUUGCUGGAAGUGCGGGUAGAGACGUUCGUCAGCACGGCCAAGACAAUUAUUGCGGAAGAUGAUGACGAUCGGGCCAAUUUGGAAGUGGAAGUGUCUCAGAUGAAUCGCAAAUGGAGCAGUUUCCAUCGGGAAGUCGGGGAAACACGUCAUCAAAUUAAUCUUUCCAUAGAUUACUUUACUCUAGUCGACGAAGUGGAACAAUCCUUCCGGUCAGGUAGUCAGAUGUUGGUUACAGUUGCUCGUAAAUCGACACAAGUCAAGACGCCGGAAGAGGCGACCACGUUAUUGAAGGAGGUUGACGGAUACAUCAAACCUCAAGAAGCUCAACUGGAACGCAAGAUAACAAAGAUUUCACAGAUGGCCAUCCAACUUUACGGUCACGAGAGUUCUGAUCGCAUCCAGCCGGUGCUUCAAGAAAACCGUAACAUGUUGGACUCAUUCUCGGUUAUGAAUGCAGAACUGACAACAUUGGCUACGAAUCUGAAAGCGGCUGAAGAUCGUUUCAAACAAGCAGAAGCGCAAGCUGCUGUCCAGGAAUCGCUGGAUGCAGCCAGGGCGGAAGCGGCUUCAGCUCGAGCGGCGGCCUCUGCUGCCGAAGAAGCUCGUAAGGCGGCUGAAGCUGCCGCGCUGGCUAUGAAGGAAUCCCAUUCUCCACCGCCACGUCCACCUCUCCCAGUCAGUAUACCAGAAUUGCCCAGGCCGUCAGCUGCUGCUCUAUCCUCCGGCAGGGCUCCUACACCCCCGAAACGAGCCAAACCAGUUGAAAUGCCCAUCGACGAACCGAUUUUUACCACGUUGCUUCAAGAUGCUACGGUUGAAGAGAGUAAAGCUGUUCAACUAAUGUGCAGGGUGACGGGCCAACCAACACCAUCUAUUUUGUGGCUGAAAGACGGAAUGGCUAUCGCCAAUAACCCCGACUAUCAAACGAAAUUUGACGAACGAGAUGGCACCUGUUGUCUGACUAUCGACGAAACGUUCGCUGAUGAUUCAGCUCGUUUUACCUGCCAAGCGAGUAAUGUAGCCGGAAUCGCUGAAACCACUGCUUUUCUUCUAGUUCAAGAAUGCGCCGAGGAUGUCUUGCUACCGCCGGAAUUCGUCGAGUCUUUGAUUGAUUCAACAGCCAGAGAAGGCCAGCCGCAUCAGCUCUCUUGCCGUGUCGUGGGCAUUCCCGUCCCGCUGAUAUCGUGGUACAAGAACGGCAUCUGCGUCGACCAUUGUCGUGACUACAACAUCACCUUCAACGACGGCCUGUGCACAUUAAGUUUUUCGCAAGUCUUUGUCGAAGACGGUGCCAUGUUCGAAUGCAGGGCCGUAAACGAGGCAGGUGACGCCGACACGGCAGCCCAGCUCACCGUUGAACCUUUGGAACCAACGGAGGUACCUGCUUUUAAACCAGGUUUAAGUAGCAAUGUUAUGGCUCGCACUGGCCAAAAAGUCCGUCUCGAAUGCGUCAUAUCUGCCGGACUGCCCAAACCGUCAGUUCUAUGGUUGCACAACAACAAACCGGUCAAGGAAACUCGAGACAUCAAAACUUUGGUGGAAGGUAACAGACAUUUGCUGACUAUCACCGAGGCGUUUCCCAAAGAUGCUGGGACAUAUACGGUCGUAGCGAGAAAUCCAGCGGGCGAAGCCAUCACGACAUGCAAUUUAGCUGUCAAGGGUCGGGUUCCUACAGAAACGUCGGAUUCGGAACUUGCGUCAGACAUGGAACCUAUCAAACCAGGUAUCCAACAAAGCUUGCCAACCAGAAUGAAAGUCCGCGAAGGCGACAAGGUCCGAAUGGAUUGCGUCAUCGUGGCCCAGCCCGAACCCGAAGUAAUCUGGUAUCAUAAAGAUCGACCUGUCAAAGAAUCCAGCGAUUUCCAGCUCAUUUUUCAGGGCGAUCGCUGCUCUUUGGUUAUCCGCGAAGCUUUUCAAGAAGAUGCCGGACUCUAUAGAGUUGUGGCCGUCAAUUCAGCUGGCGAAGCAUCCAGCCAAUGUCAUCUAACCGUAUCUCCGAUAGAAGAGAAACGACACGAUGAAGGGACUAAUUCAUCAGUAACUUUGGUCUCCUUGACAGCGCAACCGGAUCCGACAACGGAACCGCCCGUUUUCAAAAAGAUUUUUGGCAAUGUAACAGUUGAUGAAGGCGGGCCAUUGAUCUUAGACUGUACCAUUACCGGACGACCCACGCCUCAAGUCCAAUGGCAUUUUAAUGAGCAACCUAUCACCGCGUCUAGUUUCGGAUUUAAAACCACGAAAAUCGGGGAAAACCAGUAUCGCUUGUCCGUCGAUAUGGCCCGUCCUGAACACGGUGGUCGCUACAAAUGCGUAGCGGAGAGCCAAUCGGGAGUAGCAACUUGUGUGGCAGAUGCUGUCGUCGAGCCAAGAAAACAAGACGAUUCUUUUUUGAACCGGAGGGCCGUUUUUAGCCAGUCCAGCACGGUUGUCAGUAGCCAAGAGAGUAGCUAUCGUUCCGUGACGCGACAAGUCCAGCAAUCCAUCACGCAAGUGACGGGACAGGCCGCCCAACAGAUGGCGACAGAGCGGACGGAAGUUAUCGAGAAAGAGGGAGAUGACGAGCCCGUGUUGUCUGUGAAACAACGGGCGAGUCUUUUCGCUGGAACAGAAUCGGCCACGCCUAAACCCAACCCUGUCCAGGUGGCAAAGAAAAUCCAGCGUAAAGAUGUGGCUCCCAGAUUCGUAACAGCUUUGACAGGUGCCAUGGUCGAGCCGGGUUCCACUAUUCAGCUAGAGGGCAUCUUGGACGGACAUCCGAUUCCGGACGUCAAAUGGUACAAAAAUGGGGUGGAGAUUGUCCCGUCGGAAGAGCAAGAUCGAUUAGAUAUUUCAUCCGGAGGACAGAAAGUCCGUUUGUCCAUUAAACAAAUGGAAGAAUCCGAUGCUGGGAGAUAUACGUGCACGGCUAGGAAUUCGGCCGGCACCGCUAGCAGCACGGCGGAUGUAGUCGUUCGUCGCACUCAAUUUCCGCCCGUGUUUGGCAGACGAUUACAAGCGCAGACGGUCCGUUCGGGCUCUCGAGUUACGAUGGAAGUCGAAGUGACUGGAACUCCUCCGCCAGAAGUUUCUUGGAGCAGAGACGAUCGUUUGUUGAGCUCCAGCAAUGACGGACGCAUAUCCACUAAAGUGGAAGGCACUCGCCAUUGGAUCGUCCUAUCUAAAGUGUCCGAGCUGGAUGCUGGACGCUACACAGUCAGGGCUAUGAAUCGAGCCGGAGAAGCCAUUAGCACGGCGGAAUUGUUCGUAUCGCCUGCUCUAGUCGUUGAAGAGCCAUCCAGCCGAAAACAUCCGCCACUCAAAGUGGACGUGACUGCCAAACCUGCUGAUUUACUUCCAGAACCGCCACCAGAGGUGCUUUACGCACCUAAAUCCGAGACGCCCAAAAGCUCUUCAUCCGGAACUCGGGUGGAUUUUGCGGAAAAAACUCGACUACUGGAAGAGGCGAGCAAAAUAGUUAGCCCGACCGAAGUUCCAGGUAGUAUUCGACUGUUACCGAUGCCGUCGGAUUCCGAAUCGUCUCCGCCUCGGAUUAUCCGCCCGACUCCUCCGCCGGAAUUGCCUCCGCGUCAACCGACAGUUGAACUGUCGAAAUUCGAGCCAUUCCCGGAAUUGGAGCCGUUUCCAUUCAAACCGGAUCCGCCGCGCCCGGAGAAGAAGAAGCCGUCUGCAGUUUCCGUGCGGAAACCGGGCAAAUUCGUGCGCGGAGAAUCGCGCGAAAGCGACUACGAAAGCGAUUUAGAAGGCGCCAAAAUCGCUCCGAGAUGGGUCCCGCCCGGCAGCGACACGGACGACAUGUCCAGCAGUUACAAAAAAGUCCAACCAAAAUUAGCCUCGGAUGGGGAACGUUCGAGCCGGGCUGUUUCUAAAGAACCGACUCCGCCCACCCAGUUUGAAGUCCCACCUGAAAUGGAAGGUCCACCGCGGCCGAAAGUCCUUCCUCUUGGGCCGGAAAUUAUCGGACCGAAACAAGAAGAGCAGCAGCAGCUCAUUGCCGCGCCGGGCACACAAACUUGGCCCAGAACUAAAUCGCCAAAACCGCCGUCGGCCGAAGGCUUGGCCAUGGAGAAAUCGUGGGUUCCAAAACGAGUGGAAAGCGACGCCAAGACUUUGCCCAAGUUGUCAGUCAGCCCAGUGGGUCACUUGAAACCGUCGCCAAAAGCUCUCGAAAUGGAAAAACAAUGGAGCCAUCGAUUCACUAGUCACAAUUCCAAAAUCUGGCCACCUCCGCCGUCUGAGCAAGAGCCACCGUCCAUCCCGAUUUGGACGGGACAUUCGUCUACGCAGCAGACCAGCACCGUAAUUGAAUGCACGGACCAACGAGUUGAGAGUGUCACCAAGAAAAGCAUUUUGAAAACUGCAACGACGGGUGCCACGGUGAUCGAUCAACCGUCACGACACGUCACAAUCCAAGGCGAAGACGAAGUCGUUUUUGCGAAGGUUGCGUCCGUCAUCCCGUCAGGGCCGACGGCCUUGAAGUCGCAGUCGCCACAGAGCAGCAAAAAGUUUGAACCUUUUCCUCAACUGGAACCUUUCCCUUUCGAAGCGAAUCCUCCUUGUCCAGCAGUCGAUGCCAAGAAAUCUGGAGUACCGCCCGUCCGCAAACCGGCCAAAUUUGUUCAAGGGCAGUUUGUGGAGAGCGACUACGAGAGCGAUCUGGAAGGGUCGCGCAUUCCACCGAGAUGGCUGCCUCCAGGUAGCGAUACCGAAGACACAUCCAGCUUCAAGAAAAUUCAACUGCCCAAGUUAUCGACUGACAAACCGGCCGAGCUGAAGCAAGAAAAGUGUCCGUCUCCGCCGUCCAAAUUCGACGUCAAUCCUCCGCAAUAUGUCGGACCUCCACGACCGGAAUUUAAGAAGCCUUCGCCUCCGAUACAGACAGAGCCUAAACAGCCUACACCUCCUACUCAGCCGGAAGUGUCUCCCAGAAAACCGUCCAUCACGGGCACGGAGACUGUCCAGCGAAUGCAGAUGGAAGAGUCUACUCGUUUCAGUAAACGAUUUGUUACAGUUGAACAGACGACUAGAACUGUCCAAUUGCAUCCGGCUGAUGUGGUCCGACCUGCCCCAGCUGUUGUUCCAGCGGUUAUUAAGAAACCGGUAGAACAGCCUUUGGAACCUUUUCCUUUCGUGCCCGAUCCGCCUCAACCGAGAAAAGCCCAUUCGCCAUUGUCGAUCGUUAAGCCCAGCAAGUUCAUUCCGGCUGGAUACUCUAGAGAAAGCGAUUAUGAAAGCGAUUACGAUGGCGCAAAAAUCAGGCCUAGAUGGACGCCGGCCGGCAGCGAUGCAGAGUACGAGCCGGCCUAUCGUAAAGUCCAGCCGCCAUCGUCUGCCGCAAGUACCAGUAAGAGACCCACGACUGGAGCACGAACGCCUACACCACCGUCUGUAUUCGAUCAACCGCCCAGUUUUCAAGGACCGCCUCGCCCAGUCAUUAGCCCGACAGAUGUGAUUAAAAUCAAAUCCGCACUUGACAAGUCUGAAGAGAGACCUGUCGUACUAGUCAAACCGAAAGCCAUUCGUCUGCCAGCUCCGCCAAUAACCGCCCAGCCGGGCACGGUUUUGCAGCCGGCCGAAGAACCCGUUUAUUGCUAUGCCGAGGCACCACCCACUGCUGCUGCCGCUCAGGAAAGGGCGGCUUCGCAUUUCAGCCAAAUGUCGGAUGCCUUCCGGACCAAAGCCCAGCAUUUCGCCCAGCAAGUCAUUUCCGAUGUCAAAGCGACUAGCGUUAUUCCUCCUGAGGUGACAGCAGUCGAACAGCCGGUAGAAACUAAUCCCGCCGUCGUACAACAGCCAGCAAUUGAAGCGACGGGCAACGAGCCACAAGCCUAUCACGAAGAAAGUCGACUGUCAGAGUUCGGUACGAAGCACAUUGAUCCAGACACGGGCCUGAUCUACUUCAAGUACGACUUUGGUUACGAGUUUGGUCUGGUGCUGCCAGGAGAGCCCCAGAAGGUGGACAAGAUUGAGACGAGUAUCGGGAAAGAGGGAACCAUUGAGCUUCCAGUUUUACACGAGCAAACAAUCACACCAACACCACCAGCAAACAACCCUUCACCUGCACCAACUGCUGCAGCUGCCGAGGUUCCAAAGCAGCCUGUGAAGAAAGAAGUGCCAAACUUUAAACCCAAGAAAUUUACGCAAUACAAGGCUGCAAAGUGGGAGCCCACUGACAGUGAAUUGUCUGAUCAGGAAGGUGGAAAAGGACCUUCAUGUUACUAUGACGAAAGGAAACAGACCUAUAGUAAAUUCCAGCCUCCUGAACGUAGUCUCAGCCCGCAAUCCCUGGCAUCCAGCUCCCCUCGAGGUAGCAUUUCUGGGCCACAAAAGCUGCCAGAAUAGAACAGUGACCCACCUCUUAAUGGUCGGAGGAGAAGUUGGAAAAGAACUUGCAAGCCAGGUAAGAUGUGGAAUCGAGCCCUUUAUUCUACGAAUAUCACCCUAAACGCACAUUGGACCGCCUUUACUACAAUGCGAUUUUAUUGGACAGAUUUAAGGAUUUUCUUAAAAACUAAUGAAAUUAUUUAUGUUCUACGGAAAACAUCCUUUGUUCUUUUGCUGUUGCUGCAAAACUGCUUGAUAUUAUCUUUCUGUCUUGACACUGUUUAUCGACACGAACAGGACUCUUUGGAAUUCGGAUGUUUACUUGGAAACUAAAUUUCCCCUCCCUUUUUAUUUCAACUUGUUUAUUUUGGCUUUGGAUCGACAUCUAGUGGGCUCUAAUAGAACUAUAAACAUUUAUAUACAUCUUCACCUGAUGAUGCAGUAUAUCACAUAAUAAAUAAAA